AUGAAUCGAAGAAUAUGCAUAAAUACAUUUGCUCUGCUGCUCGCAGGUGUCAAUGCCUCGAGCAUCGGCAUCCAUGGCCGGCGACCUCGUGAUAUCAUACUCGACGACGGAAAAGGGCCCCUUCAGGACAUUGUCACAUGGGACGAACAUUCUCUUUUCGUUCAUGGCGAGCGCGUCGUCAUCUUCUCCGGCGAAGUCCAUCCAUUUCGUCUGCCUGUGCCGUCCCUGUAUCUUGACGUGUUCCAAAAGAUCAAGGCUCUUGGGUUCAACACGGUUUCGUUCUAUGUCGACUGGGGGCUUUUAGAAGGGAAGCCAGGCAAGUUCCGUGCCGACGGCAUCUUCGACCUAGAGCCCUUCUUCGAAGCUGCCACCAAGGCUGGCAUUUACCUGCUGGCUCGCCCAGGGCCUUACAUCAACGCCGAGGUGUCGGGAGGCGGCUUUCCGGGCUGGCUGCAGAGGGUCAAGGGCCAUCUGAGAACAGAUUCCCCCGAUUACCUCCACGCCACGGACAAUUAUGCGUCUCACAUUGCCUCGAUCAUUGCAAAGGCACAAAUCACAAACGGAGGACCGGUGAUUCUGUAUCAACCAGAGAACGAGUAUAGCGGCGCCGCCGAGGGCACUCUGUUCCCAAACAAGCCAUACCUACAGUACGUGAUUGACCAGGCUCGAAAUGCCAGCAUCGUGGUGCCUCUCAUCAACAACGAUGCCUUUCCCGGUGGCACAGGCGCCCCCGGAACGGGUCUUGGAUCGGUCGACAUCUACGGCUUUGAUGGUUAUCCCCUUGGCUUUGACUGCGCUCAUCCCAAUACCUGGCCAGACAACGCCCUGCCUACAACGUGGCAUCAGGACCAUCUGAAUAUAAGUCCAAACACGCCACUCUCCAUUGUUGAGUUCCAAGGCGGUGCAUUUGACCCCUUUGGCGGCUGGGGUUUUGAACAAUGCUCUGCCCUGGUCAAUCACGAGUUUGAGCGAGUCUUCUAUAAGAAUAAUAUGGCAGCCGGCGUGACCAUUCUCAACCUAUAUAUGACAUAUGGCGGCACCAACUGGGGCAACCUCGGCCACCCUGGCGGUUACACAUCGUAUGAUUAUGGAGCUAGUAUCAGGGAGGACCGUAGAGUCGACAGGGAAAAGUAUUCGGAGCUGAAAUUGGAGGGUCAGUUCCUCAAGGUCUCUCCCGGAUACAUCACCGCGACACCGGAAAACGCAACGCAAGGUGUAUACAGUGACAAUCCCAACAUUGUCAUAACUCCGCUCCUAGCAAAGGAAAGCGGUAGCUUCUUCGUCGUACGCCAUGCAAACUACUCAAGCACAGACUCGGCGUCUUAUACGGUCAAGCUGCCCACCUCUGCAGGAGAAGUCACAAUUCCUCAGCUGGGCGGCUCGCUUACUUUAAACCGACGUGACUCCAAGUUCCAUGUCACAGACUAUCCCGUUGGAAACUUUACAUUGCUAUAUUCAUCUGCAGAGAUCUUCACUUGGAAAAAGUUUGCCGACAAGACUGUUUUGAUACUGUACGGAGGCGCACAAGAACUGCACGAAGUUGCCGUCAAAAACCCAUUCGGAAGCUCGAAGACCACCAAGGCUAAGAAGAUUGAAGGGAGCAAUGUCGCCAUCCAUACAACGAAAGAUCUGACACUUGUUCUACAGUGGACAGUUGGCUCUACCAGGCAAGUUAUUCAGCUGGGUAACUUGGUCAUUUACAUGGUCGAUCGCAACUCUGCAUACAACUACUGGGUUCCCACUCUCCCCGGAAGUGGCAAGCAACCUGCCUACGGAAGCUCCUUGAUGAAUCCUGCCGCGGUCAUCGUCAAUGGAGGCUACCUCAUCCGCUCCGUGGCCGUCAAAGGCUCUACUCUCUCGCUGCAAGCAGAUUUCAACGUCACAACGCCGCUCGAAGUCAUUGGCAUCCCAAAGGGCGUCUCAAAGCUCAGUGUCAACGGGAAACAGCUCGACUACUCGGUUUCUAAACUCGGCGACUGGAUCGCCCACCCAGCCGUUGAGUUUCCAGACAUCCAGCUCCCAAACUUGUCAAAGCUCAAAUGGUACAAAAUCGACUCCCUUCCUGAAAUUCAGAGCAGAUACGACGACUCCCGCUGGCCGCUUGCCAACCUGCGAACCUCAAACAACACCUACGCCCCUCUGAAAACACCCGUAUCGCUCUAUGGCUCCGACUACGGCUUCAAUGCCGGAACGCUCCUCUUCCGCGGCCGCUUCACGGCGCACACCGCACAGCAGCAGCUCUUCCUCUCGACCCAAGGCGGCUCGGCUUUUGCCAGCUCCGUGUGGCUCAACGACCGCUUCGUCGGCUCCUUCACCGGCUUCGACGCCGCAAGCGCCGCCAACUCGUCGUACACGCUCAACGGGCUCGUCCGCGGCCGGCGCUACGUCCUCACCGUCGUCGUCGACUCCAACGGUCUGGACGAGAACUGGACCACCGGCGACGACUCCAUGAAGAACCCCCGCGGCAUCCUCGACUACGCGCUCGUCUCCUCCUCCGGAUCAAACGUCUCGAUAUCCUGGAAACUCACGGGCAACCUCGGCGGCGAGGACUACCGCGACGUCUUCCGCGGGCCCCUCAACGAGGGCGGCCUCUUCUUCGAGCGCCAGGGCCUCCACCUCCCCUCUCCGCCGCUCAGCGACUUCACCCACGGCCCGUCCUCUUCGCCCCUCGACGGCCUCUCCAGCGCCGGCAUCGCCUUCUACGCCGCCAAGUUGCCCCUCGACCUGCCCGCCCACAGCUACGACAUCCCGCUGUCCUUUGUCUUCGACAACGCCACCACAGCCGCGGAGGGGCCGUACCGUGCCCUGCUCUACGUCAACGGCUUCCAGUACGGCAAGUACGUCAGCAACAUUGGCCCGCAGACGGAGUUCCCCGUUCCCGAGGGCAUCCUCCACUACAACGGCGACAAUUGGAUCGGCGUCGCGCUCUGGGCGCUGCAAGGUCGUGGCGCCAAGGUCCCCGGGCUGGCGCUCAAGAGCAAGUCGCCGGUUCUCACGGGGAGGGAGAGGGUGGACGUGGUUCAGGGGCCGGGUUUCAAGAAGCGGAAGGGGGCAUACUAG